AUGUCUAUGGAUACACCACUUAAAGCUGAUAAAGAUUUCUCAGAAACUUUGGACGAGCAAUUUCCCCAGAUUGAUAGCAUCUCCAAGGAUGAUUACAAGGAAGCUAUGGACAAACUCCUUCUAUUGGAGAAACAGACUAGACAGGCGUCAGAUUUAGCCUCUUCUAAGAGAAUUAUGGUGAAGCUCGUUGAUUUAUUGACCGCUAAAAAGGACUGGGAUUCCCUUAAUGAGCAAAUUAUGUUACUAUCAAAGAAGCACGGGCAGCUAAAGGACUCCAUUCAAGUGAUGAUUCAACAGGUGAUUGGACAUCUUGAUGCAAUUGAAGAUUUGGAUACCAAGAUUGAAACUAUAGAAACCAUUAGAACUGUCACGGAAAACAAGAUAUUCGUUGAACUCGAAAGAGCCCGUGUUACCAAGGCUUUAAGCGAUAUUUUGUUGAAUGAGAAGCAUGAUUUGGACAAGGCAUGCGAAGUUUUGUGCGAAUUACAAGUUGAAACUUACAGUUCGAUGGAAUUAGAAGAGAAAAUACGGUUUAUCGAAGAUCAGAUGACCUUGUCAAAUAUGAAGGGAGACUUCCAGUUCUCGGAGAUUCUUUCUAGAAAGAUUCUAGCCAGGACUUUGGAGAAUUUUAAGGAGCUUAAGUUAAGGUAUUAUCAAUUGAUGAUCGAGAUUGCUACACAGGCUGAUGAUUAUAUCAAUGCUGUCACAUACAACUUGUCGGCGUAUCACAUUCCCGCUUCUGAGGAGAAGGAUGAUGCUGAUGAAUCAGAGACUUUGAAGUACUUAGAGCAAGCUGUUUAUUUUGUGAUACUUUCACCUUACUCGCCUCUGCAAAAUGAUCUUAUAUUGAAGAUGAAGGCUGAUAAGAACAUUAAUAAGUUCAGUGUUUGUAAAGCUCUUAUUAAGGCUUUAACUACCCAGGAGAUUAUAGUUUGGGAGCAGUUUGAAAAGGAAUUUGGCCCUGAAUUGUUCAAAGACAUUCUAUAUGAUCAAAAAUCAGAUUCAGGAAAGAGGCAUUACGCAGAUCUCAAAAAGAGAACCAUCGAGUUUAACCUAAGAGUUAUCUCAAACUACUAUUCCAGCAUAAAAUUGAAUAGAUUAUGUGAAUUGCUUCAGUUGGACCAGCCUUCUGUUGAGGACAGCAUCAUUGAAUUGGUUAAUUCCGGUGCUAUAUAUGCCAGAAUCAAUAGACCUGCCAAAGUGGUCAGUUUCAUCCAGCCGAAAAGUGAGAAUGAUUUGUUGAAUGAAUGGAGUACCAACAUAGAUAUGCUCCUUGAGGAUAUUAAGACUAUAGAACAUCUUAUUGGCAAAGAGGAGAUGUUGCAUGGUGCGAAGGCAUAA